UCAUGCUUAUCUUCCCGAACCCCUCUCACAACUCCUCAUCUCAUGCCUAUCUUCCCGAACCCCUCUCACGCCCUCUCCUUCCAACUCCUCUCACGUCCUCUCCAUCCAACUCCUCUCUAGCAAACCCUCUCCGGCAAACUCCUCUCUACGAACCUCCUCUCCUCUGAAUUCCUUCACCUCUUCGUCAAAUAGCAAAUGCCCUAAUCACUCCGCUCUUGGAUCGCUGCCCUCCGCACUUGGCCUCCUCUUUGGAAGAUCGAUAUUUGCAGCUCGGGUUUGCAAAGGCGGAAAGCGGUAUGGAGGAUGGAGAAUCGCAGAGCGUAUGAAAGGAACAGGGAAACGGGUCGUCUCUUUGCUUCCUCGUCGCUCGCUCUGCCACCAUGCGAGGCGAGCAAGGCCGAUCCGUUCGUGCUUUCUUCCCCGAGUUAGAUCUCAUCCUUGAUCGAGCCGAGAGCCCUUUGGGUGCGAUUCGAGGCAACACAAUUAUGGAUGAUAUCGCAUCCAUUACCAUUUUUGACUGAAGCAGCUUGUUGUUUGAUGAUCUGCCGGAACUUGAGAUUUUGAGUGCUCAGUUAAAAUAAUUUUUGAAACUCCGUACUAAUGUCCUGUGGAAUUUGUAGGAGCGAUAUGUGGCAAUGGAAGCAAGAAGAAGAAUGUUGCCUGCCAAUAUAUUCCCAAUUUGCUUUACCUCUAUGGGAUGAUACGAUGGGAAAUCAAACUCCACUUCGAGGAUUUGGUGAUUUCGACUUAGACGAAUUGGAUUUUGGAGAUGAGGUCGAGAAGGGCGUGGAGGAAGCAAACGAGGCAUCAAGAGUGAAAAGGCGUCGUGUUCUAAAUUUUUUUUCUGAUGAUGAUGGUGCCACAGCCGUCAAUGAGCAUUUGUCCUCUGAAGUAGUUCGAGAGGACUCGACAUCAGCAAAAAUAUGCACACAAAAUUUACAGUCGAAUCUCACGUGUUCAGAUGAUAGAUUUCUUUUCAGUAAUGAAGUCUUGGAUCCAUCCUCAGAUGAAUGGAUGGAGAACUAUUUCAAUGAUAGUGAGAUGUAUUGCAACUCUAAAUACACAUCUUUUCCUUUCCAUGCUUCAUGGUUGAAUUUACAUAGUUGUUAUAUUCUGUUGAUAAUCUGGUGUUGACGUGAUGUGAUUAGAUGCUCAGUCAGUAACUUGUUUCUUGCGUUUUAAGUGUACCAAUGGGAUGAACUUGUUUAGUAUAUAUUGCAAGUUUAAGGACUCAAUUGAAACAAAAAAUAUAGCAACCUGUUUGAGUUUUAGACGAUAAGUGAAGGGCCAUCCUUUCUUUGCACUCUAGAAUCAAAGCCAUGCAUAUUUUAUAUGUAUAGUUUAGUACACUGGAAAACUACAUUUGCUAUUGGAAAAUUUCAAGUUAAAUUGUGUUUGAUAAAGCUACAAGUUCUGCAAACCAAAGAAAUCAGAACAUAUGCUGAUUUCGACUUUAGUUCAUGUGUAAGAACUCAAAUGAAAUAUAUGCUGUUCUUUUUGCACUGUAUCUCUAAUUAUGUAUUUAGGUCUCACAGUGGUUUCCCUAGCAUCUCCAAUUAUGCUAUUCUUUUUGCUAUAUUUCCAUGGCGGAAACAAAGUAGCACAUGUAUUUUUCGUUUGCUCUAUUCCCUGUUAUUUUAUGCUUAAUUCUUUUUCUCUUAAAAGUUAUUGUAUGGUGUGAAUUGUGACAUUUAUUUUCAGCUAUUACCACUGAAAAUUUCUUUUGCAUAAUACUGAUGGUAUUGUUUUCUGUGACAGAUACAUAGUGGUAGGUGUUUUGUCCCAGUCUCAAGCCGUCAAUCCAUUUUGAUCUAUAUAUCUAGUAGAAGUAAGCAUGCAGAUCGUUGUCUUCGAGACUGGCUAGCUAUUUUGUGUUUUUUUUUUUUAUUUUAAAUUUGAAUGUCACUAACUACUUUGAAACAGAAAUAUUUAGUCUUUGUGUAUAGUUGAAUUCUCCUGUAAAUACUAAUACUUUGUCAUUGAAUUCCA